AUGUCCAUUCCGAAGAGGAAGAAGAAGAAUCACAAGGAAAAGACAUUGCUCAUUGCAGACAAGACCGGCCGAAGCGGCAAUCCCACUUCCAAUUCGUCAGACAGAGCCGCCAUCAACCAACACCACCACCACAAAUACACGAAACAAGAUCAAGGCGCUGGCGACCGGCAUAGCGACAACAAUAACAACGCCAAAGACGACAUGUCGAAGCUCGCGCCCGCUCUCAAGGAGCUCAUCAACGCCCCCUUCAGCAGACCCGGCCCGGCCAAGGCCCCGGCGAAGAUCCGCGAUGUCUACCUGCGCAUAGCAAACGAGGCCUCACAGAAGAAUGUCGGCAACAGGCCGUGGCUAGCUCUAUCCGCCGCCGCCUCAUUCACCCUCAACUCUCCCGAAUCCCUCGCCCAACUCUUCCACACCGCAACCUCCUCAUCCGCUCCGAAACCAGAACCCCCCGUCGCUGCCGCCGAGCUCAUCCGCGAGGUCGGCCUCAAGUGCAUCUCCUUCAACGGCAUCCCCCGCUCCAUCAACUGCCUCGGCGCCUUCCGCGCCGCCCUGCCCGCCGACGUCGUGUCGCAGCUCGAGACGGCGCCCACGCGCGGCGUCAGCCCCGCCAACAUCGCCGCCGUGAGCGAGCGCGGCCUGCGCCUGUGGAAGAGCGUCUACGACCCGUUCGACGCCAAGCUGGUGGCCCGCCUCGCCGACAGCCACCCCGACCUGCCCGUGCACAUCCUCUCCAGCCACUACGGGCCCCUGCUGUCCGACCCGGACCCGGCCCAGCGGGGCGGCCUCGCGCGGGUGGGCCGCGUGCUGACGUCCGUCGUGGCGAUUGCGUGUCUGCGCGCGCAGACGGGCGUCGGGCCGCAGGUGCUGAGCCAUGUGUUUGGGCUGCGCAAGGCGGUGGAGCAGGGGAUCCACCGGCGGGAGGCGGAGGACGGGGGCGACGAUGUCGCGAGUGUGGAGUGGUUGGCCAGCGACGAGGGCUGCGAGUGGAUAUUGAGGAGCGUGGAUGGCAUUGCCGAGGCGAUUGGCAGUAAUUUCGCGGCGGGGAGGGAGUCGAAGCUGUGA